GGAAUGUGUGCCUCUAUGAAGGAUAAAUUCAUGAAUCAUAAAGGGCACAGAGUCACGCAGGACGGUCACUUGCAGUUGCAUGCACUGGUUUGCAAUGAGCCCAAUCAAUCAGGAUAGAUCAUCAGGAUAGAGAAGGACCACGUCUGAUUUGUCACCACCAGUUGCGAGGCCGCGCUGCCGAGAUCUGUCAUGCUGUGCUGUUGAAGCUUGCCUUGACAAUGCGGCGAUGCGUUGUCGAUGCCGGCUUCAACACCAGAGCUCAACAGAGGCCCGAGGGAGGCGGCCAGUGCAACACGAAACAGAGCGAAAACAUGUGACGGUGACGUGUAGGACACGAAAAAUCACUUUCUUCCGAGGGCAACACGCACCCCUUCCACCUCACCUAUGCAGUCGUGCGUGCACACACACGAGAAACGUACAUAAAUAGAGACAGACAGACAGGCUGUCCGCAUCGCAUACACACAUCACAUCUGUACAGACAAAAGCCCCCGAAUAAAACAAACCGUGCAGUGCACACCUCACGCAACCCACCAACCACAUAUAAUAUAUAGUCCGUGCACGGGAGCAACCUGUCCUCUUCCUUCUUCUUUUCCUUCCUCACAGAGCAGGAAAGCCGUCCUUAAUCUGUCUGCCUGCCUGGUCUACACAACACAAAUACACACACGUAAUUGCCCCCUCCCUCCCCACACCCUCAUGUCGUCCGGUCCGCGAAUCAUGAAGGGUCAGUCAAGCCACACCCCCCCACACUAAAAAUAACGCCCCUGCACCGGGCCCUGGUUCAUGAUAGGCCAGAAGCCCUGCUGGUGCUGGGGGAUCACUGCACGCGCCCCUCUGCCCUGGUAGUCGACCCCCUGGACCACUUGGGGCGGCUGGGGCCCGUAGCCAUAGCCGAAUGCCGGGCCGCAGGGGGCUGGAGCUGGCGAGGGAACGGGUGCGUUGCGCAUGUCGCGGAGGUGGGCGAGGAUGCGCUCGAAGGAUGGCCGCUGCGAUGGUUCGUGCGCCCAACACAGCUCCAUCAACCGCCUGACAGUACAGUGACACACACGCACACGCAGCGACGUAUGUGCAUACAUGUGUCGUGUCCUCCUUCACGCCAUGCGAUGCGAUGCGAUGCGUGUCUGUGUGUCUAUCUGAUCUGUAUCACUCACUCACCGCAUCUCGUGUGGGCAGUCCCUGCCGAUGAGUCUGAGGUCCGGCCGUCUGCCCUUUGCCACGGCCAGCCCCACCCCCACCGGCGGUAGCCCCAACUCCUCGUAAGGAAUCCGACGCGCGAACAGCUCAUAGAGCACGAUGCCGUACGAGAAGACAUCCACCGCCGCGCCGUAGGGCCGCCCCUCCAGCACCUCUGGCGCCAUCCAGUGGUAGGUACCCGCGGCGCCCGUCAUGACGGCGUUCUUGCUCGUGGCGGCGGGGAAGGAUGGCGCGCCGAAGAGGCGGGAGAGGCCGAAGUCGCUGACCUUGACGGUCGGCAGGUCGCUGGGGGAGACGAGCUGCUCGGACAGCAGGAGGUUGAGGGACUUGAGGUCCCUGUGGACGAUCGGCGGAUUGCACGUGUGCAGGAAGGUCAUCCCCUGAUUGAUUGAGGCACACACACGGGGGGCAACAGACACAGUGAGAAUGAAUCGGACGUUCAACGCAACGCUCGUGUCCUCUCCUCUCCCCCUCAGCUCGCUCACCUUUGCAACGUCGAUGGCGAUCUUGAGCUUCUGCUGCCACGAGAGAGUGGUGUUGGGGUGGUUGUGCAGCAGGUCGAACAGUGUCCCGCCGGCACAGUACUCGGUGAUGACACACAGGGGCGGCCGCUUGGUGACCAUGCCCAUGAACAGCACCAGGUUGGGAUGCCGCAAUCGCCGCAUGAUCUGCAGCUCCCGCAGGAACUCCUGCAGCGCCCUCUGCUGGCCGCCGCCCCCCUCUGCCAUCCGCCGCAGGUCGUCCAGUGACAGGAAAGUGCUGAGCCGCUUGAUGGCCACCUCUGUGCCGCGCCACAUGCCUCGGUAGACCUCGCUCGUCGCUCCGCUGCCCACGCGCUCGCCGAAGGUGAGCUCGUGCGGCGGCACCUCCCACUCGGCCGUGGGGGCCCCGUCGCUAGACUCACUGGGGCUGUCCCUAUCCCUCGCCGCCUUGCCGGCGGGAUGCCGCUCCCUGUCCCUUUCCCUGUCUCGAUCUCUCCGUUUGUGUGCUCUCUUCCUGGCGACCGUCUGGAGCGUGGCGUCUAGCUCCUGCAGGGCUCUGGACCGGUCGAUGCUGGCCUGGGACUGGUCGUUGGAGGAGGAAGAGGGCUGGGUGUCCUGGAAACGCACCCACUCUGUCGGCGUGGGUGGUGUGGCAGCAGCGGGAGGGGUGUGAGGGGGGGAGGGGCUUGCAGGCGGCUGUGGCUGUGGCUGUCUGUCCGUGUCCCCAUGGCGGCUCCUCUCCAUUGCCUUGGACGACUGAUUGGACGGAGGGCCGGACACCGCUUCAUGCGACGGGUGUGACGGCCGGGCGGGCGGUGCUGGUGGUCUGAAGUUGGGUUUGAUGAACUCCAUGCCUUCAUGCUCACGCUUGGCCCGACCCUGCCACCCCAUCCGCGGCUCGCGGCCGCCCAAAUACGCCGACCGGGCCUCGUUCUCGGCCACCACCGCCCUGUGCAGCUCAUUCGUGUUGAGAUCGAACGGAUUGCGGCCGCCAGUGACGGCUGAUGGGGGAGGGGUGAGGCUCCUCGCUGGCUCCUGUGGUGGGGCCUUGGAUGCAUCGCUGAUGGGUUGGUUGUCGGCGGCCUUCGGUGACGACUCCGUCUGGUUGUGCUGCAUGUGUGUGAUGGCGCCAGGAGCGCUGAGUGGACCGGUCUUGUCAGUCGACCGACUUGGUGGUUUGCGGGGCGCGGGGAGGGGCGAGAAGAGGUCCACACACGCCACGGGGAUGGUGCGCUUGUCGCUCCGCCUCCUCGCCACCCGCAUAUGCAGCGGUCUGCCGGGCAGGAUCUUGACGCCCUCCCCAGUCCCAUCUCUGCCAACGGGUGUCGGCGGGCUGGAUGGGGGCGCUGCGGGUGGAGAUGAUGGCUCAGGUGGUGUGACGGGAGGCGGAGGGGGCGAGGGGGGGAAUCGCGCUGAUGUGGAGGCGAGCAGCAGCUCGUCAUCGUCGUCGAUCAGCUUGGCGACGGCAUCCUUCAGCUCGGCCGACUGCUGUUUGCCGAGGCUUCUUUUGUCGUCUGAUACUGUUGCCGCGCUGAUGUCCGACCCCUGCAUGCUGCCCUGCCGGUGCAUGAAGGUCUCGAACGACUCGUCCAGCAGCUUGAGGGCACAAGACGUCUCGAAGGCAUCUUGGAAGGGCUUCGAGGGCUCGGGCGAGCCGGGAGAUGCCGGUUGUGGCGGCGGCGAUGCUGACGAUAGCUCGUCUGCCUCCUGCACGUCCUUGAACUCAUCGUCGUCCACUUCAGCGGUGACGGCGGCAGGAGGAGCAGGCUGGCUCUCUUGCAGUUCCUCCUCAGGCCCUUCGUCGUCGCUGUCACGCUCUGACUCGAAGGGGCAGAAGUCCAGCGACGAACGCCCGCUCUCGCUGAGCUGCUCGCGCCUCUCGUCGCCCUUCUGCUCACCAUCCUCUCCUUCCCCCUCUCCCUCUUCCUGGCUGCUGUCCUCACUGGGAGUCCAGUCAGCCACCCAAUCCGGCGCAUUGAUGUUGUAAUGCGGGAGGUCCGCCACCGCCCCAAAGUCACUCGGCCACCCCAUGUCUGUGGCGCCUUCAGCCAGGAAGGGCACAUGAGUCGGCCGGGGCUGGCCACCAUCUUGCUGCUCCUUGAGAGGGGUGAGGAAGGGGGACGGGGUCCUCUCCUGGUGUGAACCGAAUUGCGUCCACCCUGCAGGUGACCCUGACCCGCACGACGACACGGGCGACCCCCCAUCGUCGUCUCGCUUUCUCUGCCUCCUCAGCAGCAGAGGCUGACACGGGUGGCUCUGACACAGAAACGGGUCAGGCUCGGGGCUGCCCGGCAGCUGCACCGCCGCCACGCUCUCAAGCACUCGUGUGAGCUUUGGCGGGAGGUCGAUGGAUGGCUCGAAUGCCGGAUGCUGUUCCUGUGGCUGUGGCUGUUGCUGAGGUGGGGGUGUGGGGGUGGUCGGCGUGGUUGGGUUGGACUCUGCGGACGAGUAGUUGCCGGUGCGUGUGGAGUCGGUGCCACUGCUGUUAAACGGAGGGAGGCCGUCGAAGAGGUCGACAAGCAGAGGAGGGGGCGGGUCGAGACGAUACAGGCCCGGGUACAGCGGCCGCAGAGACGACAGCAAACCUGACAGGCACACACACAUACAUACAAGAAUCCAUCCAUGGCAGGUCAGGUACCGUCCCACCACCCAACCCAACGUACCUGUGAUGUUGUGGAGUACAGUGACGAACUCCACAUACUUGCCUCUCAGCCCCGUCAGCCCCUCCGCAAGCUCACGCCGCCUCACCUCUCUCUGUCCCUUUUCCCCUUCCUCUUCCCCACCACCACAGCCACAACCAUCCUUGCCGCGGCUCUGCGCAUGGUACUUGAGCACUAGCGCGCCGGCAAGGUGUGUGACGGUGCCCAGAAGCCCCUGCAGCUCGUCAAGCAGCGGCUGCAGCGCGCUGAUGAGCAGGGCGGUGGAGGGGGAGGCGGAGGGCGAUACCGGCUCCAUCGGCAGGCACUGCAGCAGGAAGGCCGUGAGCGCGUACACGGGUUUGGCGAAGUGCAGGAGGCUGUCGACCAUUGAUGGCGUGACAGGCGAUGAGUCGGGUUCCAGCUCGGCCGCACGAUCGAGGUCCAGAUCGUAACGUGACAGGUAGUGCUCCAACGACCAGUUUCCUACAGACACACACAGCACAUUCACGUUAGUUAACAUGGACGGACCAUGACCAUGACAGGCCCUCUCCUCUCUGAUUGAUGUGUCCGGCUGACCUUGGAAGAAGUGCGGCCCCUUCUGGUGUGUGGUCAUCUUCAGCAGCAGCAACUCACAGUAGUCGGUCAUGGCCGCCAGCGACACGGCCGACGUGUCGUCAUCAUCGUCAGUGUCAUAGCCGUCACCCUCGAGGACGUCCUUCUUGCGCUUCUCGUCGCGCAAGCCCUUCUGCGGGAGCCAAGCUGAGUGCAGCUUCUGGAGCAGCUCUCUGAUGGACGGCUGGGCGGUGAUGGUGGUGGGCCCCUGCUGCAUGGCACGGUGCAGCACUAUCAGCGCCUUGAAGGCCACCACACGGUCGGUGAGCACGGGGCGCUCCUACAUGGAAUCAGACACGACACAGGCGCACAAUUUAGCCGUGCCGUCAGUGUGUUGUGUCGGUGUCUUGUGCUGUUUUGUUCUCUCUCAGGUACCUCGAUGCAUUUGGCCAGGUGGGCGGUGCCGUUUGGCAUCGUCCACAAGUCCAGCACAAUACGCUGGAGGGCCACUAAAUCCGCAGCAGACACGCAACUGACAACAAGGGACACAACAGGGUACACACAAUGCGAGCCAAAGCGUCUCGUCGAUGUGUGGCUCGUGCGCUGUGUCGCGUACCUCUCUGUGGCUUUGGCGACCGAUCGCAGCUGCAUGGAGGCCACCAUGGGCUUGUCCCCCUCGACCUGCGCCUCGCUCUCCUCACUACUCGUGUCGCUGCUGCACUCCGGUCGCCACGCGAAGCUGCAGCCCCAACCGUCCUCUGUCACCUGCUUCUCCUCUUGAACACCCCUCACGCCACCGGCAACAGCAGACGAAUCCACUUGCCUCUCAACAUCCACAGCGACAUCGGCCACCUCUUUGUGCUGGGGAGACGACUCGUGCAGGGGAGACUCAUUACCGGUGUCGUCAGUGGUGACCGGCGCUGGGUCGGUCUCCACCCCUGCCGGCCGCCGGAGCCUCCCACCCCAGCCACAAGUGCCACUGAUGGCCUCGUCCAUGACCGAGCCAUUGAACUUGAGCUCAUCCCGCACAUACUUAUGCGGAGACCGGAUGGUCAGCGCCGAAGAGUGACACCGCCGCAGACGGUGAGCUGCCGGCAGGGGUGGCAGACUGAGGUCCUGCUCUGUGCGCCACCUCGGCGCCCGCCUCACUGGGCUGGAGUCGUCCUCCCACGCCAAAGGGUUGGCCGUGGCCGUCUGGGAGCUGACAGAGAUGUUGCGGGUGAUCCAGUCGAACGACAUGGCUGUGUCAGAAUCGUCGGACGGCAUGCGGAUGGGCACCGACUUGGAUGAGGACGGCAGGGGGAUGGUGGUGCUGCUGCUGCGGCGCUCCCGCAGGUGGGCCAGGUGCGCUCUGAUCUCUGGUAGUGCCGGUCUGCGUGUGGGCAGUGGGUGUGUGAGGGAUCUGAGGAGGUCGUGCAGGGCCUGGGAGUAGAGGGACGACGGGGGGAUGCGGAGGCGGGCGAAGGAGGUGUCCUUGAGCGACGAGUCGUGCGAUGAGGGGGAGCUCUCCGGGAUGAUACAACCAUGCCUCUGCCUGCACUCACACACACACACACACGGAGAAGAUUGCAGACAGCGCUUCCUUCCGCUUGUCAUUGUCCUGGUGCGAAGUGACCUCUCCUUCGCUGUUGGCUGUGCGGCUGAGGGCUUCUUGUUUGUCCUCUUGUCGUGUGCGGGCUCGUGUGCGAGUGCCUUCUUGAAGCAGACGUCAUACAUGAGACAGGUCAGCUGUGAGAGGUCACGAGAGACGCCAUCCUCGCGAGAAACUUCUGGCAAUCCACACCUGUGUGUGUCAUACACACACAGCAAACAAACGCCCACAACCGUCACAGCCAGCACGCUUCCUCCGUCGACGUAUUUAUGCUCAUUCACUCACCUUCUAAAAUAGUCGUAGUAGGUGGCCUUGGUGGCCGCUGCAGCCCUCUCGUCACUCUCCACCUGUGCCUCCACCCCCACCACUCCCGCCCGCUUCUUCAGCAGCCCGUGGUGCAUCUCCUCCAUCUCGAUCUCGCCACCCCUGACCGCACCACCACUCCCCCUCUCACCCCCACCGCUUGCAGCACGCUUCAUGCGCUUCAUCCGAUCGGUUGGCCGUCUGCGCAUGUGCGCCCCGCGAGAGACGGAAUGCCUGGGUCGGUAGAAUGAGGGUGAGCCGUCCGGCGGCAUGCGUGCUGCCCUGGUGAAGGUCUUGAGGCGAGGGGUGCCAUCGGUGUCCAGCCACACAUCGCUCAGUGACAGACGGCCCAUGCAGAUGUCCUGAAGACACACACCACACGGAGGAUGAUGCGAUGCGACUACACAGAGAGCAGAGAGAGGGAGGGGUUUGCCUUUGCUGUGCACUGCACUGCACCUGUGUGUGGAGGAAGUCGACAGCGUCGCAAAUGUGGGCAAAGAGCCGCGUGACAUCAUCUUCGUGCAGGUAGGGCCUGGUUACGGCCUCCCCAGCGCGACGAGUUGGCGGCGUCAGACCCAUCACCCAGCGAAACGGACCAUCACUCCGCUCCAAACACUGAACGAACGAGCACAACACAACACACGGUCACCGUCCCAGCCAACGGCCGGUUGUCACUCUGCUUGUUGUGUGUUCCUACCUGUUUGAGUGUGCCGACGGGCCAGUAGGCGAAGAGCGUGACAGCACGCACUCCUCCGUCAGGCAGGGCGUCCACCCGACCGCCACACACUCCCAGACUCCCCUUCCCGCCCUUGGCCUCAAUGACCCGCACCACCUCCAUCUCAGCGGCCGAUGCCUCCAGCCGCCUCCUGCCCUCCCUCUUACCAUCAUGGCCAUCCGUCGGCUGCUGUGGAACGAUCUGGACACUCCGCAGGGCCACAGGGUCGCCGGAUUGCUCAACCUUGCCUCGGAAGACGGCGACGUGGCGGGUUUCUUCAAAGACGUCUCGCAGCCGGACCUUGCCCUGAGCACCCACCUCGAUGGGCGCAUCAGGGACGCUUGAGCAAGUGCCCAUAAGAUGUUAACAGACGGUGGGUGGGGAUCUGUCUGCUGACCUCCCCGUCAGCUGUUGUUCUGACAGAGUCUCGAGUUUGUCAUCGCCAGAUGGGACAGAUGAAGCAAAAGAAAAGGGGUCACAUGGCUGCGCGAGAGCACCUCAUUCACCACGCUUGUGUGUUGGGGGGGGAAGUAGAAAGGAAAAUCAG